UGCGUGCGCGGAGCGGGGAGCUGGGUUCAAAGGAGGAAACAUGGCGGAAAACAAAGGAGGCGGUGGUGGCGGGGAGGGGGCUGCCGAGGCUGGACCGGGCGGCGGCGGCGGCCUGGAGCCCGCGGCCGCGUCCCCCUCCGCCGCCGCGCCGCCCGAGGAGCGGGAGAGUCCAGGGCCGGUGGCGGCGGAGCGCGGCCUCGGGGAGGCCGAGGCCGAGGCGGCGGCGGCGGGGCCCGGUGUCGUUCUGGGGCCCGGCCCCAGCCCGGUGCCCCCGCUGACACCGGCGGCGCCGGGGCCCUUCUCGCUCCUGGACACCUGCGCCGUGUGUGCGCAGAGCCUGCAGAGCCGGCGGGAGGCCGAGCCCAAGCUGCUGCCUUGCCUGCACUCCUUCUGCCGGCGCUGCCUGCCCGAGCCUGAGCGGCAGCUCAGCGUGCCCGUGCCCGGCGGCGCCAACGGCGACAUCCAGCAAGUUGGUGUAAUCAGAUGUCCAAUAUGCCGCCAAGAAUGCAGACAGAUAGAUCUGGUGGAUAACUACUUUGUAAAAGACACAUCAGAAACACCAAGCAGCUCCGAUGAGAAGUCAGAACAAGUGUGUACAAGCUGUGAAGAUAAUGCUAGUGCUGUUGGAUUUUGUGUAGAGUGUGGGGAAUGGUUGUGCAAGACUUGCAUAGAAGCUCAUCAGCGAGUAAAAUUUACUAAAGAUCAUAUGAUCAGAAAAAAAGAGGAUGUAUCUUCAGAGGCCGUGGGAGCAUCUGGUCAACGUCCUGUUUUCUGUCCUGUCCACAAACAAGAGCAGUUAAAACUUUUCUGUGAAACAUGUGACAGGCUGACAUGCAGAGACUGUCAGUUACUGGAACACAAAGAACACAGGUAUCAGUUUCUGGAAGAAGCUUUUCAGAACCAGAAGGGUGCAAUUGAGAACCUAUUGGCCAAACUUCUUGAGAAGAAGAACUAUGUAAAUUUUGCAGCUACCCAAGUUCAGAAUAGGAUAAAAGAAGUAAAUGAAACUAACAAACGAGUAGAACAGGAAAUCAAAGUGGCUAUAUUCACCCUCAUCAAUGAAAUCAAUAAAAAGGGAAAAUCUCUCUUACAGCACCUUGAGAACGUAACAAAGGAGAGACAGAUGAAGUUAAUACAACAACAAAAUGACAUCACUGGUCUUUCGCGACAAGUGAAGCAUGUGAUGAACUUUACUAAUUGGGCUAUUGCAAGUGGCAGCAGUACUGCUUUGCUGUACAGUAAACGGCUGAUAACAUUCCAGUUACGUCAUAUUUUAAAGGCACGUUGUGAUCCUGUCCCAGCUGCCAAUGGAGCAAUACGCUUCCAUUGUGACCCUACGUUCUGGGCAAAGAACGUCGUUAAUUUAGGUAACCUCGUCAUUGAAAAUAAACCAACUCCUAGUUACACUCCUAACGUAGUGGUUGGACAAGCUCCUCCAGGAACAAACCACAUCAACAAAGCUCCAGGACAAAUUAAUCUAGCGCAGCUUCGACUUCAGCACAUGCAGCAGCAAGUGUAUGCCCAAAAGCAUCAGCAGCUGCAGCAGAUGAGGAUGGGACAGCCAGCUGGGUCAGUUCCCAGGCAGACAAGUCCACAAGUCUUACAGCAGCAGCCUCCCAGGUUGAUCAGCAUGCAGACCAUGCAGAGGGGUAACAUGAACUGUGGGGCUUUCCAAGCACAUCAGAUGAGAAUGGCUCAGAAUGCUGCUCGUAUACCAGGAAUACCACGCCACAAUGGACCACAGUACUCCAUGAUGCAACCUCACCUUCAAAGACAACAUUCUAACCCAGGGCACGCGGGGCCUUUUCCAGUUGUUUCUGUGCACAACACCACUAUUAAUCCAACUAGUCCUACUACAGCGACGAUGGCGAGUGCAAACCGCGGUCCAACGAGUCCAUCCGUUACAGCGAUCGAACUCAUUCCUUCUGUAACAAAUCCAGAGAAUUUGCCUUCCCUGCCGGAUAUCCCACCCAUCCAGCUUGAAGAUGCUGGUUCAAGUAAUUUAGAUAACCUUCUGAGUAGAUACAUUACAGGCAGCCACCUACCCCCACAACCUACAAGCACCAUGAAUCCCUCCCCGGGACCUUCAGCUCUGUCUCCAGGCUCAUCAGGUUUAUCCAACUCCCACACUCCUGUGAGGCCACCUAGUACCUCCAGCACAGGUAGCAGAGGAAGCUGUGGCUCCUCGGGCAGAACUGCUGAGAAAACUGGCAUUAACUUCAAGUCUGACCAAGUGAAAGUCAAGCAAGAGCCAGGGACAGAGGAAGAGAUAUGCAGUUUCUCAGGAACAGUAAAACAGGAAAAAACAGAGGAUGGCAGAAGGAGUGCUUGCAUGCUUAGCAGUCCUGAGAGCAGCCUGACACCACCACUGUCCACUAACUUGCAUCUGGAAAGUGAAUUAGAAGCAUUAGGAAGCCUUGAAAAUCACGUAAAAACAGAACCAGCAGAUUUAAGUGAAAGUUGCAAACAGUCUGGACAUAGCCUUGUCAAUGGCAAAUCCCCAGUGCGGAGUCUGAUGCACCGAUCGGCUAGAAUUGGAGGAGAAGGCAAUAACAAAGAUGAUGAUCCGAAUGAAGACUGGUGUGCCGUAUGCCAAAAUGGAGGGGAUCUGCUAUGUUGUGAAAAGUGCCCAAAGGUGUUUCACCUGACUUGUCAUGUACCAACACUCCUCAGCUUUCCAAGUGGAGAGUGGAUAUGUACGUUCUGCAGAGAUCUGAGCAAACCAGAAGUAGAAUAUGAUUGCGACAAUUCACAACACAGCAAGAAAGGGAAAACAGCACAAGGCUUGAGUCCUGUGGACCAAAGGAAAUGUGAACGUCUCCUGCUUUACCUGUAUUGUCAUGAGCUGAGCAUUGAAUUUCAAGAGCCAGUCCCAGCCUCGAUACCAAACUACUAUAAAAUUAUAAAAAAACCAAUGGAUUUAUCUACAGUGAAAAAGAAACUGCAAAAGAAGCAUUCCCAACACUACCAGACUCCUGAGGAUUUUGUGGCAGAUGUCCGGUUGAUCUUCAAGAACUGUGAAAGAUUUAAUGAAAUGAUGAAAGUUGUUCAAGUUUAUGCAGAAACACAAGAGAUUAAUUUGAAGGCUGAUUCAGAAGUAGCGCAGGCAGGGAAGGCAGUUGCAUUAUACUUUGAAGAUAAACUUACAGAGAUCUACCCAGACAGGACCUUCCAGCCUUUGCCUGAAUUUGAGCAGGAAGAGGAUGAUGGUGAAAUAACUGAGGACUCCGAUGAAGAUUUUAUACAACCACGUAGAAAACGCCUAAAAUCAGAUGAGAGACCAGUGCAUAUAAAGUAAUCUAACGAUAUGGACCUAAAAUUUAUUGUAAAAACUGUUAUUUAAGUGUUCCUGGAAUAUUAUCAUGCCUACAGUGGCCAUCUUGAAGAAGCUGAUAGCUUUUUAAACAGUAUUAGAUUACAAAAAACACUUGUACAGAAAAGCAUUCUCAUCAAAAGGGGAAAAAAACUGUAUUGUAAAUUUUUAGUGUUUGUUUGGGUUUUUUCCUUGAUUCUUUGCUAUAUUCUUUCUUUUCCUGAUGGAGGGGACACACUCAUCCUGGUCUCACAGAUAGAGGUGGAUGAAUGUUGGAGAGCAGCAGCUUUGGUAAGAGAUGUUCCAUGUACAGAUGAGACUGCUUAGUAAAAAGUUCCGCAGGACUGGACCAGUACAGUUACUGUAUCUCGCAUUCAUGCUGGACUGCAGUGCAAACUGUAAGCAAUGUUCCUGAAAUCCCCUCUUUGUGUGAACUUCAGUGCGUGUUUGUCAUUGCUUUUAUCAUCUCAUUUAAGCGGUAUCGUGAAUAACUGAUUUUCAGUGUUGAUUGAAUUAUCAAAAUUUGACUUUCUUUACUACAUUUUAUGUAUAGCAAAAGGAAAAACAAAAAUCAUUAAACUGUUCUGAAUUGGCAAGUGCAGGAGUGUGAGUUCUUGACAGAUGAAAAGAGUAAACUGGUGGCAACGAUCUCUCUUCGGUAGAGCUAGGUAUAUUUCUAUCAUGAAUCCUGUACACAGAACAUUUUAAUGGCAUUCAUGGCAGAAGUCAGCAUUGUGUCAUCUGUCCCUGAUCCCCCUAAUGAGGUAGAAUGUUAAUCUCUAGUAUUCAUUGUCUAAUUUUCUGUACUCAAUACAUAGACUGAAGAGGUAAUAACUGGUUGAGGUGUUUUUCCAGUCUUCCUAAAUAUCAGUUUCUAAUAGACCACUUGGCAAACAAUAACCUAGUAACUACCAAAUGUGUAAAAUUUCCUGUAUUCACUUUGUCUUAUUUGUAAAUACUGAAUUGAGAUUUCUUGCAGAUCAGCAAUAUUUGCUGAACUGUUUUUAAGCUAAUAUGUAUUCUUAUUGAUUGUUCGUAUCAAGAAAAGAUUUGUAAUAUAUGCUAUUUCUAACAUUGCAUUCAUUUUGAGGUUCUGUCUUAUUUUUGAGUACUACUCAGAACUUCCUUCAGAAGCAGCUUAUGAGCGAAAUGUCUAGAAAGAUUGGAAUAAAUCUGUUGAUAUUGGAUUACUUGUCCAUCCAUUGAACAAAGCACUUGCACAGACCAGGAUUUGGCUUUGAGUGGUUUCUGGUCAAAUACUGAAAACAGAACAAUUUCCCUGUUCCCCUAAACCCUCUGGCAGGCAUCUCUGCAGUGCUUUCCUGUUGCAUGCUGCCUUCGUUCCAGCAUUUCUGGCUAGAAAUAAGGUCAUCACAAAGUAGUUAUACUUUUCCUUUAUUGACAGAAAUCAGUACUAGAAAUGAUAAAUUUAAUUUCUGGCCUUCAUGUAGAUCUUAUUUUAACAAGAUGAAGAAAUCACUCAAUUGGAUGUGGUCAAGUUGAUAGACUAGAAAUUUGCCAUAAGACCUUGUGUGAAUACAGCAAUUCUGUGGUAGAUCACUGGAUUUUUGGUAUACUCGGCAUGAGCAAUUCCUGUGACAUUGUAUACACUUUACCAUAAUGGUAAAGAUAAAUAUUUUAGCACAAUGUAUCAAAUUGAGAUAUGCUCUUAACAAUUUUUAUGCAAAUCACUUAAGAUUUGAUUUCUUUUUAUAAGAACAAAGUAUAUGUACAUUGUGACUAUACCUCUCACAAUAAAUGAGGGGACUGAAGGUAUUAGUAACUUCAAGCUCACUUCUUUAGAUUAUGCAAACAUUACACUUAAAACUCAAGCUGGUUUUUUACCCCAUUUCUCAGAUAUUAACAUAGUGCCAGUUUAAAUUUAUUUUUUACCAGGUUGUAUGUGAAAGGAAAAGUAAUUAUACUUAAACAUUAAAUUGACAAAUAGCAAAACUUUGCCCCUAGAAAGGAUGAUGUGUGUGAAUAGGACACUCAUAGUAACAAAGGAUCGUUUAAUGGCUCUGUGUAUUGCCUAUUUAUGCAUUUCUAGUUUCUCAGCUUCAUUUUGCAAAGGAACAUUAUUAAAAUUAUCAUGAAAAUAAGAUUUUUGUGAAUUCUCUUCAAUUGGGGUUACUCUUUUUAUGGCGCUUAAGCACUCCAGGUUCUGUCCCUUCGGGCUGCAGCUUUGUAACCGUUUGCUUUGUGAGGCACCAGUCAUGGAUUCGAGUACUGCAGAUACCCCCUGCCCCAACUGGAGCACAGGACGAGCAUGACGGCACCCUAGACUGGGUCCCAGCAUGGGGAAGGACCCUGCUGCAGAGCUGCGGUUCGGGGCACUGCUGCAAGGGCUGUACCGGCUGUUUGCACCCAGACCCAGAGCGGGUCUCUGCGCGCUUUAGAAGAGUCUUUCUGGUGAGUUUGCUUCUGUGGCAAGGUAGAAGAAUUGUCAGAUGUUGUAGGCUAGUGACUUGGCCUGUAUUCACCGUUUCACCUGCAAACUACAAGCGAUGCUAAGCUUUGACCCUCAUAAGAGCUCAAGCUUUACUCUUGCACACAACCCACUGAACUUCUGGAACUGGUCCUUCUGUUCAGCUCAUCAGUGCUCAGUAGUAUUAUGUGGAGUUUUGACUUGUGUGCAAGAAAUAUUAAGUGGUUUUUAUAUAAAAGAAACAAAACAACAUUAUCCUCCCCACCCCCGCCCCUUCAUUUUGGAACUACCGGUACAGUUCAAUGAUUGGAAAUCAGCGAAGUUCUAUUCAAAACUAUUUGAAGGGAUUAGAUAAGCUCUGCUAAUACGUUUCCUGAUCCUGUAGUCUGUAUUUGGUUGGCAUAGGGCAGGUAAAGGUUUGCUCACUCAAGGCAAUUUUUUGGUGCCACACUAUGUAACUUGUUCAAGAGCAAAUUCAUGGGGUUUGUAUUAAGAGGCCUUUGUGUUACUCCGAGCAUCUGCUCUGUGCCAGACGAUGUGUGUGCGCUAUGUGCAAGUGGUGGUGUGUUUUACCCUGGCAAUUAAUGCGUAGCUUAUAUCAGUAAAACCUGCAGCAGGUAAAAUGUGAUGGGUGUGCUCAGUCCGCCAGCUCCUCUGGCUGUGUGAUUGCAGCGUUCCAGUGUGAUAGUGAGAAGACAGUCUGGUGCUUGAUGUAGCUGUGCUCUCAUUUAAGACUCUUGUUAAAAAGACCAUUCAUGUCCUGAUUUUUGUUCUAAAUGACCCUGAAGUUUAAGUUAAUCCAAAGAAGUAAAAGGCAACUUGCUUUUGAAAUGAGUGAAAAGUGUACAGUAUGCUACUUGUGGACUUCUCAAUUACCUCAGCAGGUAUCCUGCCAUGUAAUUACUAGUGAUUAGUGAUAAUUUAGUCAGCUGAAUAGGUUCAGGUCUUUUAUUUAACUGUGCCCUGGAAUUAAGUGGCCUAUAGCAUAAUAAGGCAGAGUUACUAUCCAAAAAGGAUGUUCCCCAAACUUUUGAAAAGAUAAAAUACUCUGUCAAAGUGUAGAGAGGUUGGUUGGUUGGUGGGUUGUUUGUGGUUGGUUUUUUGUUUUGUUUUGUUUUUUUUUUUUUAAUGUGGAAUGUCACCAUUGCUAUUACUUGUGACAUUUGGCUGUGUUGGCAUGCUGAACACUGGAUCGUUGAAAUGUUUUAUAAACAUUUCUGCAAGCCACUGGAACAGAAGUCCUUGAAAUUUGCCCAAAUUUAUCACUGUUGUAUAACCUAGUUUAUUGGCUGACCUCUAAAAGGUUAGGCAAUGGCAACAGUAUUUUAAAGCUAUGUGUAUGAUGUACUGGAAGUUGGCUUUUUCUUGUUUUUCUUAUUCUCUUCCUUGGAAAAAGCAAUAAAACUGCUUUGUCUGUUGCCUAUCAGCAUGACAGGAAUCCUUUCCUUUGGAUAGUGAUUUUAUAGGAAAGUUUGUAUGCAUAUCACCAAGUCUAGCUUUUAAAAACAAAGUGUGCAGGAGUUAUUGACAAUAUAGUGUGGCAUUUUAUUUUAAAAAUUGGGGAAAGUUACAUAUUUUUUUAAAAAGUAGGUGUUUGAGUAAAUAAUGAAGGUACUUUUUUAAAAAAAAAUUUAUAUGCCACAGUUUACAUAGACAUAUUUCAGAUAGAACAUAUGCAUUGUAUCUUCGGAUAUGGCAAUUCCUUUUAUUUUCUCAAAGUGCGUGUACAGUAACUCUUCCAUCUAGUUCCUGUGUUGCUUAUGGGGAUCCCUACUUUAUAUGCUUUCUAAUGUAACUGAAUUGAAUUGAUUUUCCAAAUCGCAGUUCAUUGGGUAUCUUUAUUAUAAGUGAACUAUUAAAUGUAUGAAAUGCAGUUUUGGCCUUUUCUAUUGAGUGAUCUUACAGCUCAAGGCUGCUUUCUUUAGAAUUCAUUGAAUUUCUACAAGGAGAGGUACUAAAAUAUUUUAUAAGUUUGACUUGUUGCAGUAUUCGCUCUAGAGUGAGCUACAUUUAAAAAAAAAAAAGUGCGUGUCUGCUAAUGCCCUGCAAAUGGAGGUAUUUCUUAGGUUCAGAACACCAUGAAACAUGUAUAUAAGCCUAUAAAGAUUUGUGUGGUUGAAAGCCUGUUUUACAUGUAAACGUACUCAUGGAAGGGUUCAGUUCAUGGCAUUCUUUGAUUCUUCGAUUAUUUCUUGCUUCCAGUAAUGGAAUUGGUUCUUUUUUGCACAUAGUGAACUUUGCUCAUCUUUUAAUAUGAUUCUUCAAAAAAGUGCUGUUUCUGUGGUAUUGUAUUAUCUGAAUAAUCAUAUUUAACUUUUUUUAAACAAGGUCACAAUUUCUGAUUGUUCUGUUCCUGUGUUUUUUGCUGGUGUGUAAUAAAAAAAAAAAAAAGUUUUUCUUUACAUGGUUAUUUAAUACAUUAGCUGCCUGUAAAUAUUUCUUGUUAAGUACUCUGGAAUGUGCUGUAGAAGUUGUAUUGGAUCGGUUUAAAUAAUUGUUUGAAAGCCAUUUUGUUUUGGUUAUUUCUAUUAAAUUAGAAAAAU